CUUCCCUUUUCCUCGCAGCUGGGUAACUACCUGCCACGACACCGGUCUUGUCCGAGAGCUGUUUCCUGGCUAGGGAUAAGAUUAGCGUAGUUUAGCACAGACACGUGUACAAUAUCAUUAUCUGUCUAUAGUCAACUGUAGACAUGUGAUCAGCGUAGCACUAGGUCCGAGGUUCUGGUCAUCGGGGUAAGGUUGGGCGUGGCAGGUGUUUUUGACAGCUCUGGUACUAUGGAAAACGGACCGCGCACCUGCGAUACAGAUUGCUGAUGAAAUGGAUAGGCUUUCGUCUCCAGUCCUCUUGACAUACUUCCAGGACAACUAGGGAGGAUGUCUAGCGGCACAAUAUGGGUGACGAAGAUUGGUUACCCGAUGAGGAAUUCCGGAUCCUGAGCCGCGGUGCGAAGGAGAAGGUUUACCUGAAGAUCAAACGUCGUUCUGGACUCGACACCUUACGUCAUCAGGAACUGGAGGCUGCUUCUGACUGGCUACCGUUUGAGAAGCGCCAAGACUGCACAAGAGCAGGUUCCAUCCCUUCACAAGAACCAGCAGCUGAUACUCUCCCGAUAAACCUAGACUUUGCUCUCACGCACAGAACAAGGGACAGAGACAGACGGCCCUUCUCUAGUAUGGCUGAGAUAGGAGGAGGGUAUCCUGAUUCAAUGAGAUCGCCCUUAUGCAUGUCAGUGGAGACUGGAAUCCCAUCUGCAGUUGAGUCUCUAUUAAACGCUGGCUAUGACAUCAACUGUAAGGAUUCUGAUGGAAACAGCCCACUCCAUGUCGCCAUCUUCUCUCGUUUCUAUGACAUCACUAAACUGCUGCUUCGACAUGGCUGCGUUCUAGGUGUGUACAACAAGGCAGGGUUCACCCCCCUCCAUGUCGCGGUACUCCAUCGUGAUGAACAUGCCCUCAGCAUCAUCUGCAACUACCAGAGGAUCCACGGAAAUGCAGGAGGACCCAUAGCUCCUGACCACUACGCGUGUCCUGCCAUCGACCUCCGAGCGUUGUUUUCCGGAGAGACCUGUCUCCAUAUUGCAGUAGAACAGAAUAAUCUAGAGAUUGUGAAGAUUCUAGUUCAAGAAGGUGCUGCAGUAGAUGCGGUUAACUAUUACUCACAAACCCCACUGGUGCUGGCGUCUCGGUAUAACUAUCACGACAUUACUAAAGUCUUGCUGAAUUACGGUGCUGACCCUAACGUUACAGGUUCGUUUGGAAACCAGAGAAACACUCCUCUUGGUCUUGCAGCUAAAUACAACUACUACCAGCUUGCCAGGGUGCUGGUGGACCAUGGAGCUGAUGUCAACCUCCGUGACGACAGUGGACCCAGCCCACUCUUCACAGCGUUGUUGUGUGAGUCUGAAGAUGUUGCCACCUUCUUCCUCACUGAAUGUCCCGAGAAGGGUCUCGAUGUGACGGUUUCGCGAAGGAACGGGGAGACAACCCUACACGCCCUCAUGUCUUUCAAAGGAGAAAAAAGAACCGAGUUUGCUCGAAUCCUUGUUAAAGGCGGAUGCCCGGUGAAUCAAGCUAACAGGGCCCGGCAGUUUCCUCUCCACGAAGCCGUGGCGAGAUACGACCGGUCCAUGGUAUCCACACUGUUGGAUCUAGGUGCUGACAUGCAUGUGUUCGACAGGUGGGGACAGAACGCUCUCCACAUAGCUGUAGCAAUAGGCCAGCUAGACACGACAAAGCUUCUUCUCGCGUCAGGUGCUGACAUGGACUCACAAACAUCCUCAGGCCGAACGUCACUUUUUCUUGCCCUUGAUCAAGGUCAUUUCAAUAUCGCAGAGUUUCUAAUCCUUCAUGGCUGUGACCUGACCCUCGAACCUUACCUUCUUGUCCCAGACUCCCCUCUUACUGUCCGCCCCGUUCCGGAAAGUCGUAAAAAGCCCCCCUUUGCACUGUCAGCUGAUCUCGCCCUCCUCGGUCGCCUGCAGACCCAGGCGUCAGGUCCGUGUUGUCUGUUUGUCCUCUCUGUCCGCCGAAUAAGACAGUGGUUCACUAAACUGGCAAUUCCUCUGAACAACACGUACGAUCUGCCAAUCCCUUUGUUUCUACAGAGAUUCCUGUGCUACAACAUAAACCGGAAGUCGGACUUGGCGCGUCCUAAGUAGCGAGUUGUUGGUAGUCGUAACUUCCAUGUAGGGUUCUGUUGGUCGUGUUGAGUCUGUAUCGGGGGAUGUUAAAGCCAAAAUGUAAAACAUAAUUAAACUCUUCUGAAAAAAUAUCAACUCUUGUAGGAAGACGUAAGGAAUAAUUUAGCUGGAGGUGUCACGAUUAUUGAAGACGAGAUGCAUCGCGGUACUUGCCACACGAUACGAUGUUUUCCACGAUAUCUACAGCACGAUCCGAUGUUCCUCGAUACUUACAACAUGCUCCGAUGUUCCUCGAUACUUACAACAUGCUCCGACGUUUCACGUUACUUACAACCUGCUCCGUCGUUUCACGUUACUUGCAACAUGCUCCGACGUUUCACGUUACUUGCAACAUGCUCCGACGUUUCACGUUACUUACAACCUGCUCCGACGUUUCACGUUACUUGCAACAUGCUCCGCCGUUUCACGUUACUUACAACAUGCUCCGACGUUUCACGUUACUUACAACAUGCUCCGACGUUUCACGUUACUUACAACAUGCUCCGACGUUUCACGUUACUUACAACCUGCUCCGUCGUUUCACGUUACUUACAACAUGCUCCGACGUUUCACGUUACUUACAACAUGCUCCGCCGUUUCACGUUACUUACAACAUGCUCCGCCGUUUCACGUUACUUGCAACAUGCUCCGACGUUUCACGUUACUUACAACCUGCUCCGACGUUUCACGUUACUUACAACAUGCUCCGUCGUUUCACGUUACUUACAACAUGCUCCGACGUUUCACGUUACUUGCAACAUGCUCCGUCGUUUCACGUUACUUACAACAUGCUCCGCCGUUUCACGAUACCUCUCAUUUGAACCUAUGUGUUGGCGUAACUUGCCACAGUAUGGGCUGUUCCACAGUUGCCAAACGAUUUGAUAUGUUUCACAAAACUUAAGAUGAUAAAAUAUGUUUCACUACAACAUUUGGAAUCAGGUCUUUGAAAGGCAUUUAGAAGUGAUACACAUAAGGAAGAGAAUAGAUGGAUGUCAACUUCUUUAUAAUGAGGAACACAAAGUUUAAGAGUAUAGGCUUACUCCUUCACCAGGUGAAUGAAUGCCAUGAGGCAAAGAGCAUAUAUAUGUACAGGUAAGGACAACAAAAUUAAUAAGAUACCAAAAGGUGGAAACUUUACAGUAAAGUAAAGUAUUGGCUUCCAUAGUUUAUUGCUAAUCACCUAUAGGCGCCAAUUACCUGUUGGCUUCCCUUGCGAAAACUCUUUCUGAAAUGCAAACGAAAACAGGUUCGAAAUUAUCGAAUUUAUCGCUUUUACACUGUAUCGUGGGCAUAAGUAUCGCGAUACAUCGAUUCUAUGAUGAAUCGUGACCUUCCUUUGUUGAUUUCUUUUUAAGGUGAAGGGACAUGCGUGAAUGUCUACGUUUAAUCUGUGCCUGUGUGUGAGGUGUACUGUUGAAUUUCACUAAGGUGUGAUAGAAGACAAGCAUUGUUAUUUGGCAGAGUAAAACCCCAAUCACUUUUGUUGUGGCGUAUUUUUCUUAUUGUUGUAAGGGUAUAGUAUUUACGAGUAAUAAAACAAAUGAAAAAAACCAAA